GUGACCCCUCAGCUUGCGACUGCGACCCUGAGGGCUCCCAGUCCGGUCAGUGUCAGGAGGACGGCCGCUGCGAGUGUCGUCCCGGCUUCGUGGGAGCUCGAUGUGACAUGUGUGAGGAGAAUUACUUCUACAACCGCUCGGCACCGGGCUGCCAGCAGUGUCCCUCCUGCUACAGUCUGGUCAGAGACAAGGUGAACCAGCAGAGGCAGAAGCUCCACGACCUGCAGACCCUGAUCGAUAACCUCGGCUCAGGCCAGGACACCGUCAGCGACAAGGCCUUCGAGGACCGGCUGAAGGAGGCAGAGAGGGCCAUCAUGGAGCUGCUGGGGGAGGCUCAGGCCAGCAAAGACGUGGACCGCGGUCUGCUGGAUCGCCUGGACGGCAUCAACAACACUCUGACGACCCAGUGGAACCGCCUGCAGGGCAUCCGCAACACGGUGGACGACACCGGCACGCAGGCCGACCGCGCCCGCCACCGGGUCCGAGACGCCGAGGACCUGAUCGACCGCGCCCGACAGGAGCUGGACAAGGCCAAGGACGCCGUCGGCAAAGUGGACAUCAAACCCCCGAGCGGCACCGGAGAUCCGAACAACAUGACGCUGCUGGCUGAGGAGGCUCGGACGCUGGCGGACAAGCACAAGAUGGACGCCGACCAGAUCGAGAAGAUCGCCAAAGACGCCAACGACACGUCGACCAAAGCGCACAACCUGCUGCUGAAGACUCUGGAAGGAGAGAGCAAGACGAGCCAAGAGAUCGACGAGCUCAACAAGAAGUACAACGAGGCGAAGGAGCUGGCCAAGAAUCUGGAGAAACAGGCCAACAAGGUUCAGGCCGAGGCCGAAGACGCCGGAAACAAAGCCGUGAAGAUCUUCGCCAACCUGACGAACGUCCCAUCGUUCGACACCAAAGCUCUGGAGGAUGAAGCCGGUAAGAUCAAGAAGGAGGCGUCGGACCUCGACAAGCUCAUCGACAAGACGGAGAAGGAGUACGACGACCUGAGAGACGACCUGAGGGGCAAAGAGCAGGAAGUGCGCAAGCUGCUGGAAAAAGGGAGGAGUGAGCAGCAGGUACGCUGACUACAGCUAAGCUAGCAUAAAUGUAUGUGCUAGCUUAGCAUAAAAGCUGUAUAUACAUA